UUGAAAUGGCAAGCAGCAGCACACUGGUAAACGAGCGUGCAGGGGCAGAGAUAGUGCAUGGCUCUGAAGAAUGCUACCGUCACUCCAUAGAGCUCUUAGAAGAGCUUGGUUUCCCCAAAGGGGUCCUUCCAUUGCAAGACCUUGUGGAGUGUGGCAGAGUUAGAGAAACUGGGUUCGUGUGGACGAAGCAAAAGUCCCCAAGCGAGCAUUUCUUUGAGGGUACCAAGACCUUGGUGAGUUAUGCAGUGGAGGUUACUGCAUAUGUGGAGAAGUUCAAGAUGAAGAAGAUGAGUGGCAUUAAGAGCAAGCAAAUGUUUCUUUGGGUGCCAGUAACUGAGAUGAGCAUUGAUGGUCCUAAGGGAAAGAAGAUAUUCUUCAAAACUCCUAUGGGGAUUGGUAAGUCCUUUCCUGUCACUGCCUUCAUGACCAUUGAGGAAAAGGAGAAGUACCUUCAGCUUCAGGAUAAGGAGAUCAAAGAAAGUUGUUGACAACUAUAUCAUAGAACACAUCUUCAUUUUGCUUUGAAGGUCUAGCUUUCUAGCUCCGUUUACUUGAAGAUUUGUUUAUGAAUAAUACAUGGACCUACUGACU